AUUCCUCCUGAGAUGGCAGACUUGGAUGAUAUAUGGGCAUUCCUCAAGCCAGGCAUCGACCAUAUUAUGUCCAAUCACGAGGGCCUUCCUGUCACCGACUAUGCCAACCUGUACACAGCGACAUACAAUUACUGCACAUCGCCGGUAGGCAUUUGUGACAGAAAAAGCGAUGACAGCUCAAAUCGAAUUGGUACUAGUGUAGCCUCAUGCAACUUUUACUUCAAGCUGAUCGAAUACUUCACGAUGCAUUUCGUAUCUAUGAAACAGGCAGUCGUUUCGCUGCAAGGCGAAGAGCUCCUAAGAUACUACGCGUCGGAAUGGCAUCGUUACGCCACUGGGGCGAACUAUCUCAAUCGUCUCUUCUCCUAUCCCAAUCGACAUUGGAUCCAACAUCAGCGUGCUCAGGGGAAGAAAGAGAUAUAUCCUGUGUAUACGCUUUCUCUCGCGCAAUGGAAAUCACAAUUCUUCUAUUUUAUACAAACGGAUAAUCAGAAGCUGGCCAAUGCUGUCUUCCACCUUAUCGAACGUCAAAGGAACGGCGAUAUGAUUGACCAGGGACUUGUGAAGAAGGUGGUGCAAUCUUUCGUAUCCUUAGGCCUCGACAACACCGAUCUCAGCAAAGAGUGUCUGGAAGUGUACAAGGAGCACUUUGAAGCGCCGUUCAUCCAAGCCACCAAGCAGUACUACAAGAAGGCGUCAGAAGCUUUUCUUGCCGAGAAUACAGUUUCCGAUUAUCUGAAAAAGGCGGAAGAGCGUCUACGGGAGGAGGAGGACCGAGUAGAAAGAUAUCUGCACACCGAGACACGCGAAGUAUUGAUUGAGGAGUAUGUCAAAUUGACGUGGGACUACUUCCAACCAUUCCUGGACUUUGAUCAAGACGAAGACCUCCAGCGAAUGUAUGCACUGUUGUCGCGUACUUCGGACGGACUAGAUCUGCUGAGGAAGCGGUUCGAGGUGCACGUCAAGCAAGCAGGUCUAUCAGCGAUCUCGAAACUUGUGGGAGAGGGCAGUGCCGUGAAUGUCGACCCCAAGAUAUACGUGGACGCAUUGCUGGAGGUUCAUCAGAAGAACUCGGAAACUAUUACUCGAUGUUUCCGAGGGGAAGUUGGAUUUGCGGCCAGUCUCGACAAGACGUGCGAAGGGUUUAUCAACUAUAACGCCGCCACCGGUUUGUCAUCGAGCAGGUCGCCGGAGCUGAUCGUGGAAUGCGCAGAUAUGCUUUUGCGGAAGAACAACAAGAUGGCUGAGGAAGGAGAUUUGGAGAGCGCGCUUGAUCGUGUGAUGGUUCUCUUCAAGUAUCUGCAAGACAAGGACGUCUUCGAAACGUUCUACACCAUCAAAUUUUCCAUACGACUCAUUGACGGCGUAUCUGUUUCUGAUGAGAGUGAAGCCAACAUGGUAUCGAAACUGAAGAAGGUUUGCGGUUUCGAAUACACCAAUCAGCUCCAACGUAUGCUCAGCGACAUGAGUCUGAGCAAGGAUCUUACUGACUCGUUCAAGGAGCGGAUGGCCCAGAACCACGAUGAUAUGGACAUGACUUUCACCGUCAUGGUCCUCGGUACUAACUUCUGGCCUCUCCACCCUCCGACCCACGGCUUUACCAUUCCCGUCGAGAUCAUGCCUACCUAUGAACGUUUCACAAAGUACUACCAGAGUACACACCCUGGUUGUAAAUUGACAUGGCUUUGGAACUACUCGAAGAACGAACUGCGAACGAAUUACCUGAACCAGAAAUACAUCUUGAUGACUAGCGCGUACCAGAUGGCCGUUCUUGUUCAAUACAACCGAAACGACACGUUAUCCUUGGGUGAGCUGUCUGCAGCGACCGCGAUCAGCAAGGACAUCCUGUCCCAGGUAUUGGCGUUGUUGGUGAAGGCUAAGAUUCUCGUCAAUGAGGAGAAGGACCAGUACGAUUUGAACCCUGGUUUCAAGUCAAAGAAGAUUCAGGUCAAUUUGAAUCAGCGAAUCAAAGCUGAAGUGAAGGCCGAGUCUUCUGACGUCCUCAAGGCCGUCGACGAAGACAGGAAAUACGUUAUCCGAGCUGCUAUUGUUCGAAUCAUGAAAGCCUAUAGGAUGAUGACAGAACAAGGCCUGAUCCAGGAAGUCAUUUACCAGGUUUCUCAGCGUUUCGCUCCCACGAUUCCUGACAUCAAAAAGGCCAUAGAGAUCCUUUUGGAGAAGGAGUACAUGAAACGAGUUGACGGACUGGAAGACACGUUUGUCUAUGAUGCAUAAUUCCUCUGCUCCCUUCCUCACUUAUAUCGUCCCAUCAUCGUUCAUUCCUUGUAUCAUUGUAUCAUAAUGCAUAUACGUUAGGAAGUCGGCUUAGUUCCCGUCAUAUACAUUACUCGCCGUAAUACACUGACCUACU